UCAUUCACUCUUUUGUCUCUUUCUGAUUCCUCCAUCACAAUGGGAAUGGAGGCUUCUUCUUCCUCUUCUUCUUCUUGUUGCUCCCGUUUCUGGUCAUCGGCGCUCCGAUCUAAGCGCCUCGUUACGCCAGCAGAGAAGGCCGCCCGUGACAGCUCCGGCCGGGGCCUCUCCCGCCGUCUCGGCGUCCUCGACCUCGUCCUCCUCGGGGUCGGCGCCUCCAUCGGCGCCGGCAUCUUCGUCAUCACCGGUACCGUCGCCCACGACGCCGGUCCCGGAGUAACAAUAUGUUUUAUACUUGCGGGAGCAUCAUGUGUUAUAAAUGCACUCUGUUAUGCUGAGCUUUCUUCUCGUUUUCCUGCUGUUGUUGGAGGAGCAUAUUUAUAUUCAUAUACAGCUUUUAAUGAACUUACAGCUUUUCUUGUUUUUGCGCAAUUAAUGCUUGACUAUCAUAUUGGGGCAGCUAGCAUAGCAAGAAGCCUAGCAGGUUAUGUAGUAUCGAUCCUAGAGCUUUUCCCUGUUUUCAAAGAUAGCAUUCCGAAAUGGAUUGGACAUGGCCAAAAUAUUGGAGACGUUCUAUCCAUCAAUGUCUUGGCUCCAGUUCUCUUAAUUCUUCUUACCUUAAUUCUCUGUUUGGGUGUUCAAGAAUCAUCAGCUGUGAAUUCCUUUAUGACAGUGACCAAGGUUGUCAUUGUUAUCGUUGUCAUUUUUGCUGGAGCUUUUGAGGUUGAUGUUUCCAACUGGUCUCCCUUUGUUCCAAAUGGUGCAAAAAGCAUAUUUACCGGAGCUACCGUAGUAUUCUUUGCGUAUGUUGGAUUUGAUGCAGUUGCCAAUUCUGCUGAAGAAUCUAAGAGGCCACAGCGGGAUUUGCCAGUAGGCAUAAUGGGAAGCCUCUUAAUAUGUAUUGCAUUGUACAUUGGAGUAUGCUUAGUGAUUACUGGAAUGGUUCCAUACACGCUUCUUGGAGAAGAUGCUCCUUUGGCUGAAGCUUUUACAUCUAAGGGAUUGAAAUUUGUUUCUAUUCUGAUUAGCAUUGGUGCUGUUGCUGGACUUACAACAACACUGCUAGUUGGACUCUACGUUCAGUCUCGGUUAUAUCUUGGGCUUGGCAGGGAUGGUUUACUCCCCUCGAUAUUUGCUAAAGUUCACUCGAAACGCCACACCCCUAUUCAUUCUCAGGUCUGGGUUGGCAUUGUUGCCAGUGUUUUGGCUGGGCUAUUGAAUGUGCGCAUGCUCUCACACAUUCUUUCUGUUGGUACGCUGACUGGCUAUUCAGUUGUCUCAGCAUGUGUUGUUGUUCUUCGCUGGAAGGAUAAGAGAAAUAGUCAAGUAUCAUCUUCAUCCAGGCAGGAAGGUGUAAUUUGCCUCAUUGCUGUUGCUGUUACUGGAUUUGCUGCAGGGCUCUUAUUCCGUUAUGAUGCUUCCCCUAUUUUUCUGAUUCUGGCUAUAGUUAUCGCAGCUGGUGCUUCUGCUGCUCUUCUUUUCCGUCAGGCUUAUGCAGAUGCACCAGGAUUUUCUUGCCCUUGGGUUCCCGUUCUACCAAGUAUAUGCAUCUUUUUUAACUUGUUCUUAUUUGGCCAGUUACAUCAUGAAGCAUGGGUGAGAUUUGUGAUUCUUAGUGUUGUUAUGGUUGGUGUUUAUGCAAUAUAUGGCCAGUAUCAUGCUGACCCCAGUGCAGAAGAGAAUACCAUUUAUCACGAGGCACCAGGGGAAGAAGCUCUAUGAGUUAUCUGUUCAAUAUUAUCAGGUCUAAAAAGAAUAAGCAUGGCGAAUUAAGCGAAAGAAAUGGGAAAGCCCAAAGUGAACUGGGAGUAUUUAACGUAAAAGGGAAAAUGAUUGUAUUUGAUGAAAAAAGAGAAUAGCUAAAAAUAUUAUCUUACUUCGAUGAGUCAAUAUUCUGUCUUGUUAUAUAGGUUGGAUAAAAAAAUUGUAUCAUUUACCAUUUUAAUGUGUGAAUAUUAAGUUGAAACUUUUGGAUGUGUUUAGGCUUAUCAUUUUGUAUAUAAAGAA